UUGGGGUCCUCCCUCCCCCCGACCUUGGCCAAGUCCCAGGUGAGCAGCGUCCGGAAGAACCUGAAGCUGCACCUGCUCAGCGUCCUGCGCCACCCCUGCUCGGGGGACUUCACCCCCCAGAUCACCACCCUGCUGGUGGACCUGGGCACCCAGCAGGCCGAGAUCUCCCGCUCCAUGCCCGCCCCCCGCGACGCCCGCAAGCGCCCGCGCGACGACCCCGACGCCGCCCUCAAGAAGAUCAAGAUGGAGCCUCCACUGGGUGAAGAUGAUGAGGACAAAGACCUGGAGGUGCCACCACUGACCACCCCCAAGGCCACUGGUCAAACCAACGUCCCCUCAGACACCGACAUCACGGCCGAGUUCCUCCAGCCCCUCCUGACCCCAGAGAACGUGGCCAACCUGGUGUUGAUCAGCAUGGUGUACCUGCCCGAGGCCAUGCCUGCCUCCUUCCAGGCCACCUACACCCCGGUGGAGUCGGCGGGGACCGAGGCCCAGAUCAAGCACCUGGCUCGUCUGAUGGCCACCCAGAUGACAGCAGCAGGGCUGGGGCCAGGGGUGGAGCAGACCAAGCACCUGAAGGAGGAGCCCAAGGAGGAGAAGUUGGCCAAGCCCGAGAGCGUGGUGAUCAAGCGGCGGCUGUCGGCGCUGGCGCAGGGCCAGGCCAUCUCCGUCCUGGGCUCCCAGGGGGCGGCCACCAACCCCCUGGAGGACGAAGCCCCCCAGGCCAAGAGGCGCCCGGAACCCAUCAUCCCGGCCACCCAGCCCAGACUGGCCGGGGCUGGGGGCAGGAAGAAGAUCUUCCGCUUGGCCGACGUGCUGAAGCCGCUGAGCGAGAUGCAGGUGGAGAAGCUCAAACUCGGCGCCGUCAAGCGGAUCCUGCGCGCCGAGCGCGCCGUGGCCUGCGGGGGGGCUGCCCAGGCCCGUGUGAAGAUCUUGGCCUCCCUGGUGACCCAGUUUGAGGUUCCCCUGAAGAGUGAGGUCCUGAGCUUCAUCCUGGAGGACAUCAGGGGCCGCCUGGACUUGGCCUUUGCCUGGCUCUUCCAGGAGUACAACUCCUACCUGAGCAGAGCUCCUGCCGGGGGCCUGGAACGUUAUGACGAGUGUCUGAUCGGGCUCCUGGCCGGGCUGCAGGAGAAACCUGACCAGAAGGAUGG